AUUUUGUUGACGAAGAUAUAGGAUUUUUAAACAAAGUUCAUUUCAUAAUUUCAUUGACAACCUUUAAAUCAAAGGUCAUGGUCAAUAUCAGAUAUUUAUUUCAGAGCUGACCGUGUUGUCUAUUCAUUUGAUCGCGCGCACUGCAAAGCUGUCAUUACCGAAAAAUGGAUGCAACAUAUUUUAUUUUGUGCCUGGUGUUCGUGGUGGAUUACGUUCAUUUGUCGUCGUGCGCGCCGUACGAAAAUGGCAAUGACAGAAAAGGUAUUGAUGCCGUUGAGACACCGCUUGCAGAUAAAAAGCUUAAAUGGCGCGGUGAAAUGGAAGAUAUGACCGACGAAGGUACGGAAAACCACGAGCAAGUUGAUAAUAUGUUGGUGAACCAAGAAAAAGUUAUGGACAGAAGACAUAAGGCUAGCAUGGAGCCAGCCGCAGACAGCUCGUUGAGCCGAAACUACUCAAAUGUUUUAUUUCUUGUAUAUUUGGACCACACAGUCAGUAUGAGCAACCACAUACUGCGGUUCAAUGACGUAGUUUACAAUUACGGAGGUGGAUAUAACGUGCACACUGGGGUCUAUACUGUACCGAUAUCUGGUGCCUAUAUUGUCUCCUUUCAUUUAGAGCUAGGAGCAUAUUCUUACCCAAUCACAUCCAGUCUUUUCGUCAAUAGCAAAGUCAUGGUGAGCAGCAAAUUGAAACCGUAUUAUGGAGUCAAGCAAGCCAGCCAAACAGCUGUUCUUUAUCUAAAAAGAGGGGAUGCCAUGUUCUUGAGGGUAGACAAGGGGACCGUUGGCAGCAGCAGUGGUCGCAGCACUAUUUUCACUGGCGUGCGUUUGCCAUAUAUUUAAGUCAUUGUUUAGAAGUGGUCAGUCUCAAUGGAGAAUCAUUUUGUAGCUUUCGAAAAAUCUGUUUAAGAUAUUCUAUCAACAUAUUUGUUUUUUUUUUCAAGAAAAUGUUAUGCUUUUCUGUUUGUAGAUGUCCUUUAUUUGGCUUCUGGAUACAUUUCUUUACUGUUUCUGACUUUUAUUCUAUCUAUCUAGGAUGUGGAACCAGAGGGUGGUAAUGAGAUUAAUAAAACUGGCAUGUAUUUCCUUUCUUUUGCGAUAUUAGUAUAUGAAAACUGUAAUGAAAUCGUUUCAAUAUAUCUGAACUUCUUUAAUAAAAAACGUUUAUUCUACAUAAAAAUAUGAGAAAUGUUAUCUUGUUUGGGCAACUAAUUUCAUUUUUUUUAAAUACUUAUUAUUGAUAUACAAAUGUAUAUGACAUUACUCAAAUGGUCGUGGACUUCAAUUAUGUGUACAGUUUUCAAACAAAUCAGUGACAUCUCAAAAUUCAGAUUAACAUUAAAACUAAAAAAGUACGUUUCCAAGAAACACUUUAUCUGAUACAAACAUUACUUUGAACACGUUCGAGCAUACGUAGCUAAGUGUAUCCCUAUUUGAAGACAAGUGGUAAUUACGUAUUGAUAUACCCUACCAUUGCCUUCAUUUUGUAACAUGUUGUUAUUGUUGUUGUUGUGAUGCAAAUGAUGGUUAUUUUGCCAACAAUCUUUAAUGUCACGCUAUAACGGUUAGGGUUAUGAAAUAUGUUAUUAUAUCUAAUGAUUACCAGUGUUUUAACUCGUAAACGGCGCACACUUUGCAAGAAAGCUGCAUUUAUUGUUAUUUCACAUGUAUGUUUCAUGUUUACGUCAGCCAUGAUCAUUGAUGCAUGAUGGGAUUGUAUAACUUCCGUUGUCAUUAGCAACUGCUUCCAGUGUAUUGUUUACAUUACUGUAAAUCACUAUGUUUCGGCAAAAGACUUAUUUUGGUGGAAAUCCCAUGGUAUUAAUCAUUUUAAGAAAGCCUUUUCUCUAUGUGACAGUAAUUUUCUAUCAAAGUUUCAUUUAGUUUUAGCUUGAGAUCGUAUUUUCUCUGGUUGGUUUGGUUGGUUGACAGCGUUCGUCCGUACAAAAAUUGAUCGUUUCCGAACGUCAAUCGAGCGAUUUUCGAACGUCGAACACUGGACGUCAACUAAAACGAACCGUCGAACAUUUUCCGAACAAGUUCUUGUUCGUCUCCUUAGAUUUAGUAUAAAUAGGGCUGGAAAUGUCCGACUGCAGUCAGUUUUACAACAGCUUUCUAGCAUACAUUACGGCUAAAGAACAGUAAUUUACGAAAUUAAAUGGUACUUAAACCAGUUUGACUUUCCAUUUACCUCUUUGGACUAAAGCUAGAACACUACAUAACUGGUCUGCAAUAUCUAGAAUUUGAUACGCAUUUUUCGAAACGUAGAUGAUCUAUUUUAUAAUUAUUUUCGCAUUUAAUACUGGUCACUGACUCAAACAAGAUCUUUAUAUAGAAACGCCGUAUUAUAAUAUUUAUUAACCAAACUUCGUCUAUUUCUACGGAGGAUUUUGAACGUCAGAAGUGUGCGCCGUUUCGAAGCAUAAAUUAUAUGUUCACGAACAUAAUUUUCGUACAUGUUGGAAAUCAUCAAGUUGUAAAGCCAGAGUAUAGGCAUCUAUUAAAAUCAGUAAAGUUGGAA